AUGAACGUCGAGACGUGUUCGCGUUUGAACUUAAAGUCAUACUUACCUGGGAUGUUCGUAUCCAUAUUCCUUCCCAGCUCUAUCAAUAUCUCCACCAUUCUAAAGCUUGCUCCCAACAGAACGACAAUGGCAAACAGGACCUCCGUCUCUUCUGAUGACUAUGUUGAUCCAGUCAUCGAAAACGCAGUCAUUGGGAUUAAAAUCGAUCUCGACACCCUUAAGCAACUCACAUCUUCUGGGGCAGCUGCUCAAGAUGCAAGACACCGUGAAGUCAAAGAGUCAAUUGAAAAGGCAAUUCAGACCGCCAAGGACGAAGGGAGAUUCGAACAGGACAAGGAUGCUAAUGAGCAAGAUGCUAAUGAUCAAGGUGUUAAUGAUCAAGGGAGCAGCAAAGCUGGAGAAAAAUGA